AGCGCGUCAUCGAUCGCCCUAGUAUGCGGGUGCGAUCAACCGGUGAGACAAAAACAGUGACACUUGAUGAUUCAUGGGCGCUCGGCCACGACGACUUAUAAGCAAUCAGCAGCGAGCAGCAUGUAGCCCAAAAGAAGACUUUGGCUUACUAGGUGACAGUGGGAUGAAAUCAUUCGACACAUACACACAUACAUCCGCCAAUGACUUGCAAACGUAUCCCUAUUCGAGCGGUUGGACGCGGUAGCCUGUUGGACUUAUCUUGCGCCAGAUCCUCUUUCAUCACGUCUCAGGCCCUUCUCUCACCCUCCAAAGGAUUCCGUCAAUAUAACACCACCAGACGUUUACAAACCCCUCCAAUCAUGGACGCUGUCAAGAACACCAUCGCUGAGAACUUUGGAGGCGCGGCCUCGAAGCUGGGAACCCACCAGUUUACACUCGAAGAGUGCCCUGAUCUCACCGGCAAGGUCGCCGUCGUGACCGGCGGCAGCGAGGGCAUCGGGUACGGCGUCACAUACACGCUGCUGAAGAACAACGUCGCCAAGAUCUACAUCCUCUCCGUCCUGCAGGAGGUCGUCGACGGCGCCAAGGACGCCAUCUCCAAGGAGCUCGGCGCCGAAAAGGCCGGCCGCACCAAGUGGUUCCAGUGCGACCUGGGCGACUGGCGGCGCGUCAAGGAGGUCGCCGAGCAGAUCAAGAACGACACGGACAGGCUCGACAUCGUCGUCAACAACGGCGGGCGCGGCAUCAUGACGUACCAGCUCACCGACUACGGCGUCGACCGCCACAUGGCCGUCAACCACAUGGGCCACGUCGUGCUGACGUCGCACCUGCUGCCGCUCAUCAAGAAGACGGCCGAGGGCGGCGACAUUGUGCGCAUCGCGAACCAGGCUAGCAACGCGCACAACGCGGCGCCGAGCGACUGCAAGUUCGAGAGCCUCGACGAGCUCAACCAGGACCUGGGCCCUAAUGGGCAGUACGGCCGUAGCAAGCUCGCGGGUAUCUUGUACGCGCGGUACUUCAACCGCAAGGUGACGCAGAACGGCCACCCCAACGUGCUGAUGAACGCGACGCAUCCCGGCUUCGUGAGCACCAAGAUGAGCAAGCAGGAGAUCUUUGAACCAUACCCUCUUGGGGGAUACGCCAUGGCCAUCGGCAUGGAGCCGUUCAAAAAGUCCCAGUGGGAGGGUGCCGUCCCGAUGGUCUACGCCGCCACGACAACCAAGGAGUCGGGCCAGUACAUCUGCCCGCCCGCCAUUCCCGAGCCGGGAAGCAAACUGUCGCAGGACGACGCGCUCGCCGACCAACUUAUGGAGUUGACGCGGCAGAUCAUCACGGAGAAGACCAAGGACCAGUCCGUCGACAAGGGAUGCCCGAUGGACGACCUGGUUAUGCAUUAAGUAGAUUAUCUAUGGUAUGUAAUGUAAUGAUUAUAUAGAAAUGAUAGGCUCUUCGUGUAAUAAUUAUAUAAUACAUGACAAAA